CCCCCAGCCCUCUGGGACCAGCUGCGUUCCCAGGCCGCCGGCAAGCAGGUCCUCGUCCCCCGCCAUGGCCCUGUGGACGCGCCUCCUGCCCCUGCUGGCCCUGCUGGCCCUCUGGGCGCCCGCCCCGGCCCAGGCCUUCGUGAACCAGCACCUGUGCGGCUCCCACCUGGUGGAGGCGCUGUACCUGGUGUGCGGGGAGCGCGGCUUCUUCUACACGCCCAAGGCCCGUCGGGAGGCGGAGGACCCACAGGCGGGUGCCGUGGAGCUGGGCGGAGGCCUGGGCGGCCUGCAGGCCCUGGCGCUGGAGGGGCCCCCGCAGAAGCGUGGCAUCGUGGAGCAGUGCUGCACCAGCAUCUGUUCCCUCUACCAGCUGGAGAACUACUGCAACUAGGCCGCCCCCGA